CUCGUUCGCUUCAUCUUCAUGUGUCUGCUGUAUGUGUAUCUGCUCCUCCGAGUCCGAGACAGAGGUAUUAAAAAAAAGUACAGAGUUAAAAAAGUAGCGAUUUUUUUGGAGAUUAAGAUUCACUUGCUCUCUUCCUGUUUUCUAACAUGGGUCUUUACUACCAUCAUCGGUGGGUGAUGCUGCUCGUUGCUCUUGUCCUAGAGCUGCUAUGCUGUUUCUUCUACUCAUCACAUUCUCAGCACCUCACGUGCCAUCCUCGUGACCUGGAGGCCUUGCGUGACUUCAUCAACGAGCUCGAGCCAAAGCCAAAUGGUUGGGAUUUCAAUUCUUCUUCUGCAAAUUGCUGUGAAUUGGUUGGGGUCACAUGUGACAAUCAGAAGAACAAGACAGCGAGAAUCACCAAACUGGAGCUUGUGAACAGAAGAUUGUCCGGUCCGUUGUCUGAAUCUCUUGGCCUGCUGGAUCAGAUUAGAGUCCUUAAUCUCUCCAACAAUUUCAUCUCAGGCUCGAUCCCUCCCUCUGUUUUCAAUCUGGUAAACCUCGAAACUCUAGAUUUGAGCUCUAACGGAUUGAUUGGCCAAAUCCCACAUAGCUUAAACCUUCCUUCGCUUACAAGUAUCAACCUUUCUUCAAACGAGUUGAAUGGUUCGCUUCCUGCGCACGUCUGCCACAACUCCACCGAGCUUACGCUGAUAAGACUCGAUUCCAACAGAUUUUACGGAGACUUUCCAUCUGGGUUGGAGAAAUGCGCUCUGCUCGAACAGCUCUUCCUUGGUGGGAACAGUCUCACUGGUAAUAUACCCGAGGAUCUGUUUCGGUUUCAAAGGUUGAAUCUUUUGGAGAUUCAAGAGAACCAUCUCUCUGGUUCGCUCAGUCCUGCACUUGGUAACCUCUCUAGCCUUGAUCAUCUCGAUGUCUCUUGGAAUAGACUCUCCCCUGAAGUCCCUGAUGUGUUCAACAAAUUGCUCAAGCUCAAGUCUCUCAUGGCUCGCUCUAAUAGAUUCACAGGAGGAAUCCCAAAGUCGUUGGCAAGUUCACAGACUUUGAACUUGCUUAACUUGAGGAACAACUCAUUGAGUGGUCCUUUGCGUCAGAAUUGUUCUGUGAUGACUAACUUGACCUCACUUGAUCUGGGAUCCAACAGAUUCAAUGGCUCUUUGCCUGAAAAUCUACCGGCUUGCAGAAACCUGAGGAGCGUUAAUCUUGCCCGGAACCUCUUCCAUGGCCAGGUGCCUCAAAGCUUCAAGGACUUUGAAAGCCUUUCUUAUUUCUCGCUUUCAAAUUGCAGCCUUCUUAAUAACAUUUCAUCGACACUUCACGCCCUUCAGUACUGCAAGAACCUGACGACUCUGAUUCUCACCUUGAGUUUUCGUGGAGAGAUGUUACCUGAUGACCCGAGUCUUCAUUUUGAGAACCUGGUGGUACUUGCUAUUCCAAACUGUAGGCUUACCGGUCAAAUCCCAAGCUGGUUGAGUAAGAGCUUCCAUUUAAAGGUGUUGGAUCUAUCAUGGAACCAUUUAACUGGAGCUAUCCCGAAUUGGUUUGAUGGUUUGACCGACCUUUUCUACUUGGAUUUGUCGAAUAACUCAUUGACAAGAAAGAUCCCAAAAAGCUUAACCAGACUCCAGAGCCUCACAAUUCGAGAUGUCUCAUUAGAAGACCCAUCUCUAGAUUUCACAUACAUCUAUAGAGUGAAUGAGGGUGCAAGACAUCUGCAGUACAAACAUAUUUUGAUGUUCCCUCCAAUGCUUGACCUCAGCCAAAACAAUCUUUCUGGACCCAUAUGGCAGGAGUUUGGAAACUUGAAGAAGCUCCAUGUAUUUAAUCUAAAUGCCAACAGAUUAUCAGGAUCGAUCCCUAGCUCGCUUUCGGAAAUGACAAGCCUAGAGGUUCUUGAUUUGUCCAAUAACCGUCUAACUGGUUCAAUCCCAGAAUCUCUGGAGAAUCUAACAUUACUGUCCAAGUUCAGUGUUGCUAACAAUAGUCUCUCAGGGACAAUCCCUUCUGGUGGUCAAUUUCUUACAUUCCCUAACUCAAGUUUCGAGGGAAACCAUCUAUGUGGUGAUUACUUGCUUCAAUGUCAACUAGAGGCACCAGACAAGAAGCUACCAAGAACCAGCGAGAGUGACUUUGCCUUACAUUUUUCAUAUGGAGUGGCUCUUGGGUUUGGUUUAUCCUUGGUUGUUUUUGCUUUUCGCCACAAGCUGUUCAGCAUUUAAUUUUCACGGCAUCAAGGUUCAUGUUACAUACCAUACGCACCAUGAACCAGUAGCUCGCUUUCAGAAAUGACAAGCCUAGAGGUUCUUGAUAAUGAACCAGUAGUGAUGGUGACUUUGCCUUACAUUUUUCAUAUGGAGUGGCUUUUGGGUUUAUCAUUUUUAUUAUAGUGACAGAGCUCGAUGUCUACUAACGCUUUCGUUUAAUGAACCUAUUGUUCACCACAAGGUACAUAAUAGAUCCUUAAAAUUUAACAUAUAUACAGGGCUACAAACUAAAAAAAUUUCCUCACUCCAAGCGUUUCAACAAUCUUCAACCAGAAGGCAAGCUAAUCCUACGGGCAAAGGGC